AUGGCUUCAGUAACGGCGCCUUCGCCGGUGCCCAAAGAAGAGCCCGUUGACGCCAACAAGAGCAACAAUGAAAGCCUCAGCCCCGCCGAUGCGCUAUACGAGAAAUGCGCCCAACGACCAGCAGGCCACAUCUUCUUCCAGCGCGACCUGUCCAACAUGCAGGUUGCAGAUACCGUGACGCAGCUGAUGGAGCUGUUGCAAGAGCUCGGCGACCGCCAUCUCUUGAAGCUCAUGCAUCUUGAGGGAGACCCGUGCUGGAAGCUGAGAACACGAGAAGAGGCCGACAAGCUUCGACGACUAACUCCCGACGAGCGCCUCCUCUACCAGCACAUCGACCAGGCCCAGGCCGAAGGUAUCUGGUCCAAGUACCUUCGAACCAAGACCAAUGUCACCCAGCAAACCCUCACAAAAUGUCUCAAGAGCUUGGAGUCCAAGGACUUGGUGCAGUCAGUCAUGAGCGUCAAGCACCCCAACCGUAAAAUGUAUCUCUUGAAGCACCUCAAGCCCUCGGAAGAUAUCGCUGGCGGGCCAUGGCAAUCAGAAGGCGACUUUGACAUGGCGCUGAUUGAUACAAUAUCGGGUAUUGUUGCACAGCAUGUGGAGAACGAAACUUGCAUCCGGGUGCCGGGUAACUGGAACGAUUACGACAUCACGGAAGAUAGGACGGCUGCCAUUGCCAGGAAGAAAGCCCAAGUGCAAGGCAUUCCGGACAUUGAGGACAUUGCGCCGGCUGUCAAGCCUCAUCGCCCAUCCAAGGAUCCAAAUGUAACCAAACUUGUUCAUCGACACAACCCACAGUACCCGACCGCCGCCUCCGUAGCCAACUGGCUCAACUCGAAAGAGAUUUUACGUGGCAAAUUCGUGCGCGAAGACGACAUGGAGCAAUUACUCGAGAUGAUGGUGCUCGACGAUCGACUAGAGAAGAUAUCAGGUACCAACUAUCGGACUGUGCUGCGCGCAACAGAUACCAAAGUCUACAAUGGUUUCGUAGACGCUCCCUGCGGCAACUGCCCAGUAUUUGAUUUAUGUGGAGACGAGGGUGAAAUUUCAGCACGAACUUGCGUCUACUUUGGCCAAUGGCUCGAGACGGAAUCUGAGGAGAUUUAG